CUAACGUCGGUCAUACUGCAACAUGCAUCGAUACAGUGUGUUUGUUUUCUCCUUGGUACUAGUAGGAUUAACAUUUGCAGAUAAUGCGUAUACCAGUAAAUAUGACAACGUUGAUGUAGAGAGGAUUUUGAAAAAUGACAGAGUGCUGGCGAAUUACAUAAAAUGUUUGAUGGAGGAAGGACCUUGUACGGCAGAAGGAAGAGAGCUUAAAAAGACUCUACCAGAUGCUCUAGCAAAUGGAUGUUCCAAAUGCAACGACAAACAAAAACAAACAGCAGAAAAAGUCAUUAAGCAUUUGAUGACGAAGAAGGCCAAGGACUGGGAAAGGCUAUCUAAGAAGUACGAUCCAGAAGGUGUUUACAAAAAGCGCUAUGAAGAGCUGCUUAGGAAGUCUUCUUAAUAGGUUUAUUUCAUACUUAGCUAUAGGAUUGUUUUAGUUUAUCCUCUAUCAGUAGAAAGUGAGAUGCUAGCAUGUGAGACUGUGAGACUAUGAGACAUUAAAAUAACAUGUUUGUCUGUCA